CAGCCCAUCAGGGCUAGUUCUUUGCAAAUGCACCGUGACACCAUGUCAGAACUGUAGGAAACCUAAUGGACCUCUGGAAUUGGUUCAGCCUCCCAGAGCCAAUGGACCUGUAGACUGUAACAGUGCCUCAGAUUCCUGCAGGCAGGCUGAGCUACAGAACAGACUGAAGCCUGGGAAAACGCCAUCAGACUCAGCUUCUGCCUCUGCACUGGUGAACCACAUAGGAACAGAAAUGGUUAAGAAGGAACCCGAGAGCUCUGUAAAUGCAUGUGCUCAACAGAACUGCCCCACUGCCCCCACGAUAUGGCCCCACAGUGGCCAUCAGAACCACAGGAGCCAGACAGAGCCCCAGGAGGAGUGUAUGAGCACCGAUGAAAAGCCCUCCUUCUCAAUCACCAGCAGUUCCUUCACAGAUGCACCAUCUAGAGGCAGCCAGGAGCACGACUCAGUAAAGUUUGGUUCAGCACCUACUCCAGACAUAAAGGCUGCUCCUGCACUGAUGGACUCACUGCUGCCCAACACACUGUCCUCCAUCACCAACCUGUCCAGCUGCAUGAAGGAUGGAAAAGAGGAGGAUGGGGGUGAGUUUGUCACUCUGUGGCCACAUGUGACACUUUAAGAGCCUUUGUAUUGCUGUGUUCUGCUAUGAAGCACACGAAGAUGUAAUUAGCUUCUAGCGGUUGUGUUUGUGUUUUUGUGCACGGAUCGAGCUGGACAAACUGGAUGCAGAGAUGAUCAAGCUCUUGGCCAAUCAGAGGAUCCAGCAGCUCUUUGCUCCCAAAGUGCCCAGUACUCAACCUCCCCCCACCACCAGCACUACCCCAAAAACCUCAGCACCCCACCCAAACAGUCAGAAAAAGGUGCAAGCCCGAGCGGUCUUUUACCCUCUGACAGGAAAAGGAGCAGCUGUCAGCAUGUGCUAUAGGACGUUACACAUAGGAUCAGGUGCUGACAUGGAUGUGUGCCUUACAAACUACGGUCACUGCAACUACAUAUCGGGGAAACAUGCCUGUAUUUUCUAUGAUGAGGUCGCAGUAAGAAACGGGAAGAGGACGAGGGAGCCAACUCCGUGGUGGGGUUGUUGCCAGUAGGUGGAGUGAUGAGUAGCCAACGUCAGGGUGGUGCUGAGCCGUCUUGUAGCUGCAAAGCGAGUAGCUCCAGUCUAAUUGGAGGCAGCGGGGCAGGCUGGGAGGGCACGGCCCUGCUCCAUCAUGGCAGCUACAUCAAACUGGGCUGCCUCCAAUUUGUCUUUAGCAUCACUGAGUUUGCCAGUAAGCAGCCCAAAGAGGAGCAGGCCACUACACCUGCUGCCAGUUGCACAAGCACCAGCAGCAGCAGCAGUGUCAUCAGCACCACCCUCACCACCACCGCUAACACCUCCACACCACCACCACCCAGCACCGCCGCAAUGAGCGGCUUUUCCAACCAGGAUGAGGCUGACUCUGAGACUGUACCUCCCCACCAAGUGCCCGUACUGCGUUCUAACUCUGUUCCAUAAUCUGCACAGGAAGCCCCGCCCUCCCUCUUAUUUUGCACCUUCUGUGUCACAAUGAAGGGAAAGCUGCACAGCUGGUUGGUCAACAGGGAAAAGUUCUUUUUUGCUUGUUUGUUUUAAUGGUUUAUAUCUUUGCAUGAACUUCAAGUAUUAUUGACAGUCUUUUUAUUUUAUUUGAAAUGACGUAACCUUGUGUUCACUUCAGACCGUUAGGACUUUGAGCAAACAUUACUUCCUUGCGCUCAGUCUUUGUUUUUGCCAGUAUAUUAGUUAUGUAUGGUGUAACCUUUUUGUCAGUCAGCCCAUUUAGCACAAACAUUUUUUGUUUUUUUUCCUUUGUAGUAUUGAAUUCCAUACAUUCUAAUUUCUUUUGCAGACUUGUUCUUAGUCUGUACUUUCCGCUGUAGUCCAUCUGUAAAUACCGUAUAGUUUUAGCACUCAUUUUAACAUCUUGUGCUGCUGUGUAUAUAAGCACUCUGUCUGUACCUGCUUGUCUGUUCAAACCUGUAAAUACAGAAA